GAGCGGUGCGGAGCGGAGCGCGGAGAGCGGGGCAGAGCCGCCGGGGCGGGCAGCAUGGACAAGCUGAAGCGGGUGCUGAGGGGGCAGGACGCGGAAGAGCCGAGCGGCCUGGCCGAGGUUAUUGAUGCAACUUCAUUAAGUUGGGGCACCAGAGUUAAAGGCUUCGUUGCUUGUUUUGCAAUAGGAUGCCUGUGCUCCGUCUUGGGCAGUUGUUUGCUAUGGAUACCAAAGAAAGGAUUGAUUCUGUUUGCAGUGUUUUACACAUUGGGGAAUAUUGCAUCUCUUGGAAGCACUGCGUUCCUCAUGGGACCAAUGAAGCAACUGAAAAAGAUGUUUGAGCCUACUCGUCUGAUUGCUACUGUUGUUAUGCUAUUGUGCCUUUUACUAACACUGUGUUCUGCUUUCUGGUGGCACAAUGCAGGAUUGGCACUCCUUUUCUGCAUCUUGCAGUUUUUUGCCCUGGCAUGGUACAGCAUUUCCUUCAUACCAUUUGCAAGGGAUGCUGUGAAGAAAUGUUUUUCAGUCUGUCUGACCUAACAGGAAUACUGGAUGCUUCACGAAGUUCUUGAAAGUACAGUAGAACUAUGUUAAGAUCACUGUGUGUGUUUUCCUACUUCUGUCUUAAACACGUGCCUUUCACUUUAGAGGUUCCUUGUCUUAAAUCCAGUGUGUGCAGUUACUUGUCUUUGUAAGCAAUGAUGCCUGUAGGACAGGGUGCUCGUGCGAUUUAAAUGAAGUUCGGUCUAGCAGGAGAACUGGGCAGAGUAUGUGAUAAUUCGUAUGUAAAAUCAUGCAUUUGUUCUGGUUUUGCAAAAUUAGCACUGAAAGUGAUGAUAAGAAGUCUGUAAAGCAGAGACCUUGAUUCUGGGACUAAACCAGUUUGGAGGAUCUGAUUUUCAAGAAAGAGAUCAACUGCCAACUGAUUUUUUUUUCCUCUAUUGAACUCUUCUUUUUAAGUAAUUUUCUAUCACUUAAUCUUUGCACUGUUUACCUUGGAUAAUGGAAUACUGCUGUUCUGUCCUCUUUCUGCCUCUUGCAACUUUAGGGUUAUGAUACUACUAAAAAAAAGUUUAGUUCUAAAUGGAAAACCUGUUUUGGAGUUAGUAUUUAUGAAAUGUGUGCUUUUUCAAUGAAGUGUUUCACUUGUGGUUUAGAGUGACAGUGUUUCCUUAAAAUACAUGGAAGGGACACUUUUGUCUGUAAAAACUUGUUCCUCUGGGAGAAACACUUGCAAAAUAAGGUAAAUAGAAAUUUUCUGGCUGUCAAAAACCAGAGUUCUUUGUCUUGACUACAAGUGGUGUAGCGCAAGGCAAGAAACUGAAAAUGUUCAGGUGAAGUGAGGUGCUUCUCUUCUCCUCUAGCUAUAGUAUAGAAAUGCAAAACUAAGGAAAUAAUAGGUAAGCUAAGAAAGAAUUUGUCUCUUUUCAAAGGACAAACUUUUUGCUGGUAAUGUGGAAGUGAUAAGGUGUUAAAUCAGCAGAACGUUGGGUGGGGAGAACACAUUCUCUCCUAAAUUUACGAAUGAGCCAAAACUCCAACAUGUCUUUUUGUAAAUGAGUUCAGUUUUGUUUUUCCUAAAGCUCUCAGACAUGCUAGUGCACUUCUCCUGCUUUCAGGAGAAAGGACAACUUGCUGUGGGCUGCCUUAGCAAAGACAUCAUGUAGCAAUCUAGGUGUCAGCUCCAAAAGAAUGUGGAACAUACUUCUGGAUUAGGAUUAUUUCAUAUAGCCAAAUUUCGAGCCAAUUUGCAUUUUCUUAUUCUUUUAAGAUAUGUACUACCAAACUACUGCAAUGGUUAAUUGUGUAAUCUCUGAGCUUAGAUUCCUACUGCUGCUAUAUGGGAUACUGAUUAACCUCUUAAGCUCUGUUUUGCUAUGGCUAUGAAAAUGGUUGUCCUGUAGACUCUGUAUGUAAGCUUAUGUCUCUCUUUCCACAGCUACCUAGAGGUCUGUCACUUAAUGCAUUGCAUUUGCAUGGCAGAUGUGUCCCUGACUUGCAGCACAAGGAAGAUUCUAACCUAGCAAAAGCCUGGAUCUACUUGGCAGAAAAGUAUAAGCCCAUAGUGAAAGCAAAUAAUUCUGUGGCUUCCAGAAAGUUACCAGAAACUGAGUUAAUGCAAAACCUUAAGCUUAAAGUGUCCUUCUGUUAACUUAGAAAAUGUGGUACCUCCCACUGUCAAGAUCCUUCAGAAAAAAACAUCCUUUUGAGGAUGUUAUGAAAGGGGAAUUUUAACAGGCUUUCUCUGGAUUCCAGUUGUCUAGUUGCAUUUUUUUGUUCUAAACAACUUUGUAAGAGCCUUCUUCAAAAUGUGGCACCACUGUAUUGGGAAGAAUCAGUUAUACUGGAUGAUGUUCCUCAAGUGCUCUGUUCUGGUGCUUUUAUUUCCUAGGAAUUGGAAGGUAGUAUCAAGAUCACUAGGUUGAAUAUUGCUUUCCUUGAAAGGAAGAACUAGUUAAAGGCUCAGGAGAGACUGGGAAAUGAGGAAUAUUGUAAUUCUUGAUGACUUCCUGACUCUGAUGUAAGGCAAGUUGCUAAACCGUGUGACUUUCUUCAACAGGGAGUUGGUUCAAAGCCUAUUUUUUUUGUGAUUAAAGGACCCUGUAUUAGUCUUUUAUUAGGACUUUAAGGUUUACAGAACUCUGUUGUAUAAGGGUAACUAAAAUACAACUCCAAUGCCUUUCACAUUCCAGUAUUUGUUUAGUUUUAGUAUCUCUGGGUGCUCCUGGAAAACUAAGUUUAGCAUACAAUAUUUCUCCCUCCAACUUGUCCCUCUCCAACUUGGAUAAUCAUUCCAGGCUCAUCAGCAGUCAGCAUAAUGGAAUUGAUUUCUGAGAUUCUUUUUGCUGUACUUCAGGCCAGAAAGAGUAAAAGCUUUUUGCUUAUUUCUUGACCAGCUUAUGCAGGGUUGUGCUACUCUGCCUGACUCUAGAAGUUCUCCAGCAAGAACACCAGAAUUGUGUAUGCUGAAUAUAGCUAGUAUUCUGGUUGAAAAAGUUAUCUGGAAACUUCUAAGUGGUUGUGCUCACAACAGUCAUAUAAAAGUUGAAAAUUUAGGCUCUGGAAUUACUUAGCUCACUGCCAGUAGACAUUGGGUAAACUUGUGAUCUGUGGUAUGUUUUUUUUUUUUUUGUUUGUUUGUUUAUUUCUUUCUUUUUUCCCCUCUUCUCUAUCCUUUCUAAAUCUAGAAUUCCAGUGCUACAACCAUUGAUUCAAAAAAAAGAAGAACAAAACUUUAUCUUACUUCAUAGCACAUGCAGCUAAGUACUAGUGCCCUUAAGGGAAGGGAAAGCAAAGGGAGAUGAUAAAGACAUAAGUGAUCAUCAUAGUGCCAGCAGCGUUUGUUGCUUAGUGAUUUUUUUUUUUAAUGUAGAUCGAAUGGUAGGAUAGACUCACCAUAUUCUUGCCAGUAUAUGAAAAAUGCUCAGGGUUGGUUUGUCACUUCAUCUGUAAGUGAUUUUGAUUAAAAGUAGCUCUUCUCUGUCAGAACAAAAGUUUUCAGAUGCUUAUUUGCUUGCCAGUAGUUGUGCUCAGAUUAUUGACAAGUUUGACAGCAAAAGAUUCUUGUAGCUUGUUGUUAAAAUGCUUUAUUUUAUGUACUUUUUUGUUCUACAUAUGUAAUCAAGGAAUGAACUAGUAUAUAAAUAUUCUCUCUCGCCCAGUUUCAAUCUGAACUAAAUUAAACAAAAAAAGCACUUUUUGGGGGGUCAGUAAAACUUCAUGUUAAGUUUUGGUAUUGUUGGCUUUGGUUAUCUACUAGGCAGGAAGUAUAGUGGGCAUUUCUUGAAGCCCUCCCUAGCCUUCUAUCUUAACAUUCCUGAAGGUAAAAAUGCUUCUGUUGUAUACACUCUACUGCAUACAGGAGAGUUUGUAUCUUAAAUGACUGCAGACAUACAGAUUGCAAGGCUCCCUCCUUCAUCAAGUCCUUGCUCAGUUGCCUAGAGUGUAUAACUCAAGGCUGUCUUUCCUAAAGAAACUUGUAUGAUGUUGGAUGCCCCUGUCAGUAGGAUUUAGUGCUCUGCUUCUUGAAAGCUUGACUGUAGGUCAACUUGCCUGUCUGCUUUUUGAUUUGUUGCAGUACAGAUAACAACAACCUUCACCAAGCAGCCUUAGAAUACACUUAUAGCAUGAAAUGUGCAUGUUUGGGACCAAGGGGCUUUUCAGAUCAAGUAGAAAUGGAAACUGGGUUUGUGAGGUGGGGAUGAGGGAAUCUUUUUCCCAAAGUACUGAAAUGCUAUGCAUGAAAAUGUGAGGGGAGUUUCAUCACUUCCAAGAUUUUGCUCUGGAUGAUGUGAUGAAGUCCACUGUGAAUUCUGAUAUUAUCUGCGGUGGUUCUACAGUGAACAAUCUUAUCUUGUUUAGUAUUUACAGUAAUAAAAUUGCUAAUGAGCUAUUGCAAAACCCAAAGAAGGGAUUUUUGCACCAGAUUAAAACUAUUCUAAGAAAUCAUGUAGAAGGACAUGUUUUAGGUUUUAUGUGUGGGUAUUCAUUAUGCAAGUUUUGGGGGAGUUUGCAAUAGAAUGGCUUCUUGCUAGAUGCAGGAAGACUGGCCUGAGUUGAUCGAAACUUGUGGGUAGAUAGCAACAGUCCUAUGAGCAAAUAUGCAGUCUGAAACUGAUGUUCUGGGAACCUGGAUAUUUGGAGCCCAUACCCUUUUACUGUGUAAAAAGAGAUUCAAAGAGCCUCUGUUUGGGUUCUGAGAAUGAUUCUUGCUAUAUAAUAAUAAUUACAUUAAUGAAAGUAAAAUGACUGUUAUUGUAGGGCCUCAGAACGGAGGAGGAUGACACUUAAGCACAUUUGUCUUAAAUAUAGAUGUUUACACCCCUUCCAAAUAUGACCACGUAGGAAGGAAAGCACAGAGAUCAUGUAUUUUCUUAAAACCUUGUGCCUCACUGGGUAAUGUGACCAAAACACUAAUUUUUUUUAGAAACUGUGGAAUUGUUUUGUAAAAUAAAAACCAAACUCUCAACAAUGUUUUAUACUGUUAGUUGAUUAUUUGCUGUUGUACUUUUUCUAUGUAUUUACGCUGUUUGAUCUCCACUUUGAUA